AUGUAGGCUAAAUAUUCUUAAUUUCUUAUAGAAUUUAUUUUGUAAUUUUCUCAUUGUCUUAUUUUUGGGCAAAAAUAUUCUCAUUAUCCUUAAUAGUAUUGUUGUUUUUGUUAUUAAAUUCUACUUUAUCGACAAAAUAAAGCAAAUUAUAUGAUUGUUUACCUGGUGGAAUAUCGUAAAGGAAAAAAAAGAGAGACUACUGCAUCCUGGACCUCAAUUUGUGGUGAGCGCAGAAGAUGAAGUUGUUUGAUGCCCACUGUCACCUUCAAGACCCAAGAAUCUUCGACAAGGCACCACAAUUGAUCGCUUCAGCCAUCGAUUCCGGCGUCGUUCGCUUCGCCGUUAAUGGGGUCUCGGAGCAAGACUGGCCUUUGGUGAAGCAGAUGGGCGAGACUCAUAAACCUCACGUAGUUCCCUGCUUCGGUCUCCACCCCUGGUAUGUUGCGGACAGAAGCCCCAAUUGGCUCAAAACCCUGAGAGAAAGCUUUGACUCCACACCCUCUGCCGCAGUCGGAGAGAUUGGAUUGGACAAAGGGAAGAAGAUGGGUGAUUUCGCCGAUCAGGUUCAUGUGUUUAAACAACAACUGGAACUCGCCAAGGAGUUGAAGAGGCCGGUUUCAAUCCACUGUGUUCGAGCUUUCGGCGACCUUCUUGAGAUUAUGAAAUCUCUGGGCCCGUUUCCCCAGGGGUUUUUACUUCAUUCAUUUCUUGGCUCUGCUGAGAUGGUUCCUGAAUUCGCCAAUUUGGGUGGUUACUUUUCGUUUUCGGGGUUUCUAAUGUCCAUGAAAGCAAGCAAGGCCAAGAGGAUGCUCAAGGCAGUGCCGUUUGAUAGGAUUCUACUGGAGACGGAUGCGCCUGAUGCAUUGCCAAAGUCUGAAGAAUCGGAGCCUCUGCAGCCGGUUGAAGGUGAUGAUGCUUCGCUGAACCAUCCGGCAAAUAUUCACAACGUGCUGGUUUAUGUUGCAUCUUUGUUGGAGAUAGACAAGGAAGAAGUCGCCGAAGCAAGUUAUCAUAACGCUGUGCGUUUGUUCUCUUAUUAGGUGUUUGAAUCCAGGUUCUUUGCCAAACAAAUGUUGUAGUUGUUUACUCAACUCAAAAGAAUGGAAUAAGAAUUACAUCGUCAUAUUUCAUAUUCUA